AUGACAGAGAAAAUUCAUCCAUCAUCACUUCCAUUACCUGUACCUGCCCAAUCGCAAUCGACAAGGAAAAUAUCUAAACAACCUCGUAUUUUCCUUGGUAUCUUAUUCCUCUUGGCUACAAUAGUAAAUUUUGGACCUACCCUUCGUACUUUCAAAUCACCCUUGGAAACAAGUCUCGAUUAUGAUCAAUUCGAAAACGAUGAUUGGCAGGAUAAAUUCAAUCCUGAUGAUCUGAAGAAAUGGUCUCAAUGUCCAAAACAACCUAAACCACUUCAUCCAAAUUCCACUUGGGAAUUGACGGAUGAAGAGAGGCAGAAAGUGAUCGAUGUCUAUUCACAAGCUGUCCAAAUCCCAACUGAGAGUUUCGAUGAUAAUGGUGAACCUAAUGAAGACCCCAGAUGGGCACCUUUUUUCGAUUUCCAAAAAUGGUUGAAAGAUACUUUCCCUCUUGCUCACGAAAAAGCAAAGAUCGAGUAUAUCAACACUCUUGGUAUUAUAGCUACUUUUGAGGGAACUGAUCCAUCUCUCAAACCACUGCUCUUAAUGUCACAUUACGAUGUCGUCCCUGCGCCAUCUGACACUUUCGAUCGAUGGACCUAUCCGCCUUUCUCAGGUCACAACGAUGGCAAAUACAUCUGGGGUAGAGGUGCAAGUGAUGACAAACCUUUGCUCGUCGCACAGUGGGAAGCGAUUACCAACUUGUACGAGAAUGGAUUUGAUCCUCGACGAACUAUCAUCUUCUCUCAUGGUAACGACGAAGAAGAAGUUUUCGCUAGACGUGGUCAAGGUCAUAUUGCACCUUUCCUAGAAGAAAGAUACGGUAAAGAUGGCUUGUUGAUGGUCAUUGACGAAGGUAGUGGCACUCUUGACGACUUCUACGGCGCUCCAUUCGCCAUCCCAGGUAUGGGAGAAAAAGGAUAUAUGGACAUUGUUAUUUCCGUUGGUACAGCUGGUGGUCACUCUUCUGUUCCCCCCGUUCACAGUGGUAUUGGAAUCAUGUCACAGAUCUUGACUGCUCUGGAAGAUAACCCAUUCCCCACCAAGCUCACCCCAGCAUCGCCUUUCUUGACUUCACUUCAAUGUGCAUUAGCGCAUUCGCCUUCAUUACCUAAAUCAUAUUCCAAAUUAUUGAAAACGGAAGGACCUUUAUCGUAUCCCAAAUUAGCUAAAACCCUUUCAGAAGAAUCGUUAUCGCGAAAAGCUAUGGUGGGCACAACGACAGCCGUUGACGUUAUAAAUGGAGGUGUCAAAGUGAAUGCUUUACCUGAAUUAGUUAUUUCCAAAAUCAAUUUCAGGAUUGAUUUUACUGAAUCAAUCAAAUCAACUCAAGAUCAUGUCAACAAAUUAGCUUCUGCCAUUGCAGCUAAGAAUGAUUUACAAUUUUAUGGAUUUAAGAAUAUGAGCAAAGAAGAUCUUGGAGGAAAAUACGUUUCAAUUGAUUUAUUGGGUUUACCAUUGGAACCUGCACCUAGAACUCCUGCAGAAGGUGGUGUUUGGGAUCUGUUCGCUGGAACAAUCAAAGCCGUUAUCCCUGGUCCUAAUGGUGAAGAAAGGAUUGUGACCCCUUACCACUCCACCGGUAACACAGAUUGUAAAAUGUAUUACAACCUCACCAAGAACGUUUACAGAUUCAUGGGAUCUUCAGCGUCUUCAGGAUUCAAUGCUCACACUGUUGAUGAGAAAUUCGCCAUUGAAGGUUACCUCCAAAUCAUAAAGUGGAUUCAUGCUAUCAUCCAAAAUUCUGAUUCUUACACAGGUGAAGAGUAA